AUAAAUCAGACCGUUCAAAUAACAUUAGCUGUAUCUUUUUUUUUUUUUUUUUUUUUGCCAUUUCCUUGAAAUCUUUAUAUGGCAGUCUGUUUUGAACUUUGACCCUGUGAUUCUUGGUAAUGAAAUCUAUAAAAUAAAUAUAAAUAGUAAUAAAAUGGUAAAAGCCAAAUCUUUUUGCGCGUGUAGACUUAAUGUACCGGUACAUGUUUUUAAGCCUGAAUGUUUGCAUCAUCUGCGUCCAGUGAUUGCUCUCCAAGCCGCGUGUUUGCAUCAUCCUGCAGUCUGCAUUGUUAUAAAGGGUCAACAGAGGGACGGGCAGGCGUGGACCAGGAAGCGGCUGCGGCGCCUCCUCUGGCUCUUUAACACAAGUUUCCGGGAUAACUACCCGUUUAAGAGGGCAGAAAAAGAGACGAACUAGAUACAUAAAUCGUUAGUUUUUGGAGGGUGUCGCUUGUCAGUCUGUCGUUCAUCAGUUCGCUGACAUGAACGCGGAUUCGGAGGAACAGGAAGAUGAACUGCUCGCCCUGCAAAGUAUCUAUUAUGAGUCGGAGGAGUUCGUCCGGAAUGAGUCGAAGUCUGCCGGAGAAAUCCGAGUGUCCGUGGAGCUUCCUGCUGAUUUCACCGUAGUUCUCAAACACGAUGGAGCUCUGAGAAAGUAUGAAAUAUCAUUUCUGCCACCCCUGCUUCUGACCUUUGAACUUCCUGAAGAUUACCCAUCCUCCUCCCCUCCCCUGUUCACCCUCACCUGCAGCUGGUUGACUCGCACACAGCUUGAUUCUCUAAGUGUCCAGCUGAUUGGUCUCUACAGGGCCACAGGGGGCGCUGUGGUGCUGUUCUCCUGGAUUCAGUUUCUGAAAGAGGAUGCCCUGAAGUUUCUGGACAUCCACAGCGUGUUUGAGGUUCCUUCUGAUGAAGACAGUACUCUGUUCCGUAACAAAAGCAAGCAAAAAACAGAGCUCUCAGAAACCAAGAUUGAUGCUCAUGCUUCGGAUUUAGGAUCCACAACUAACCAACAACAAACCGGAUCAGAUCUUUGGGGAUUAGAGCUGCAGGGAGCAUCUGGGGAUAGUCAACAGAACCCUGCAAUUUCACAGGAGAUAAACCCAGACUUUCAGGGAGCUUCAUCACUGGGCUCUGACAAGAAUGACCAAAAGCAUUUCACUUCUGUCCUCAAUCUGAAUUCAGGAUCUAAACCAGAUUAUCCAAAGGCUCUUUCUUCUAGGACUGAUCAACAGAAUGACCCAAUAUCUGAACCUGAGCUGCUGUCCGCCCCAAAGCCCGAUGAAGUCCCUGAAGAUGAGCUGAACGAAAGAUACGCUUCAGGCUCGGCGCUGCCUUCCUCCAGCUCCUCAGAACAAGCUCCAACUGAACAAGACCACCACGUUCCAGCUCACCUGCCAGUCCGAACCACAGGUUCUCCUGCACACGAAUCCCAACUUUACGCUGGUCUCUCUUUGACUUCAUCUCAAAUUCUUCUGUCCCAGAUUUUAAUCCAUAAUGCAUCACAGAAAGAGAAAGUAUUCAGGACCACUGUGUUUGAUUGUGGCAUUUGUUUUACGGCCUUGUUGGGGUCGGACUGCGUGCAAAUACAUGGAUGUGGCCAUGUUUUCUGCCAGACAUGUCUCAGGGAAUUCUGUAAGGUCCAAAUAACUGAGGGAAAUGUCCAGGGAGUCACCUGUCCACAGGCCGGUUGCCCUGCAGCCCCAACACCUGCUCAGGUGAAGACUGUUGUAGGUGAGGAGCUCUUCAGUCAUUAUGAUCGCCUCCUCCUGCAGUUUACUCUGGAUAGGAUGUCCGAUGUGAUCUACUGUCCUCGGCCUUCGUGUAGUUCAGUCAUCCUCCUGGAAAAAUCCAGCAAUGUAGCCUUGUGCUCUGAGUGCCACUUUGCUUUCUGCACCACCUGCAAAAAGAACUACCAUGGAGCAAGCAAGUGCUAUGAAGAGAAAAAAAUUCAAGAAGAAUCAGGGACAACACCAGAGUUGAGCAUGCCACAGUCUGAAGAGGGGAUAAAGGCUCUUUUGGAGGACUAUAAAUCAGGCAGCAAAGAGAGACGCCGCCUUCUGGAUAGAAGAUAUGGCAGUGCUAUAUUGGCCUCGCUAGAAGACAAUUUGAAUGAGAUGUGGAAGAUUGACAACACCCAACCCUGUCCUCACUGCUACAUUCCAAUAGAGAAAAAUGGAGGAUGUUCCCACAUGUGGUGCACUCAUUGCAAUAAUUUUUUUGUCUGGGGUCUAAGCUGAUAUUUAUGACUGUCAGACUUGCUGUAGACAUUAGAAGAGGUUUAGGGUUUAAGUUCUCUGCAAUUGCUGCAUCAUUAUAAGCUGAUUUAGUCAACAUAAAAAAAAAAAAAAAAACUUUUAAGAGAUUGCACUGUACUUACAAAAAAAGGCCAGGGGGGAAUUUUAAAUCAAUGUUCAAUUUAAAAAGAUCAACACAUACUAACAGAAUUUUAUGCAAUACAAUGCCUCCAACAGUAGAUGGCACAAAUCAACAAAAAAAACAAAAAAACAAUCUUUGUGUGCGGUUAAAUCUAACAGUGAGGGAAAAAACCUGUCUAAUAUCAGGGUGACUUUCUGACCCCUUUUGAUUGACUUGAUGAAAGAAAUCAAAUAUAUAAUUUUCUUCUUUUCUCACUUCGUAUUUUGCAAUGGAAUUGCAAUUCAUAAAUUAAAGCCUGAAGUUCGUGAUACGUACACAACGCGUUCUGGGAACGUUUUUUAUCUACUCACAGUCUGACUUCCUGUUUUGAAAAGAUAGUCCUUCCUUUCUCCAUCGUUUAGUCAAAAGAGUGGAACAGAGUUCUCUGCAGCAUGUUCCCAGGAGACACGCCUGAGACAUGCUCGGAAGUCUACAGCUGUCUGUCACGUGAAGCCGGAGCGUUUAAUGUCCCUGUGCCUCUUCCAGGAAAGAUCCGGUUUUCCACACGGGGGUCAUCGCUUCCCUUAAAAACGUCCAAACAAUUUUCAGCCUACUGCCCUUCUGGGACCUGGAGAGCUGGGACUUGUGUUUGUCUGUCCUUUCAGAUAUACAUAUAAAGAAAUAAACAAAAUAAAAUAACAUUAAUAGGAUUCCAGAUGUAUUUUAAUAUUAAAUUUAGUUUAAACACACCUGGGAUACUUAUCCUUUGCAUUACACCCAUUCGGAUUCAUCGGGAACUAUUCGGUGGUUUGGUUUAAGCUUCAAAUCUAACUUUUUUUAAAUCAUUAGUAUGACCCAAUCGUAAAUUUGAACCCACAACUUCUCAGUUUCACAAACUCAAUUAGAGGUAUAGGAAAGUUUCCUCCAAAAACAGGAACUAGUUAACACCACUUUUAACCUUCUGUGGAACCUCUCAGUUCCACAUCCACAUCCUUUUUUCACCUUUCAGCCAGAAACUAAAUCAGCUAAAUCAGGCAGGAUCAGUUAAGAGGCAGAGAGAAUCUAUUCUUUAACAUGAAAGCAUCAAUGUGAAAUUUAGAAAUUGAAGUGAAUUCAAAUCUGCUGACAGUGAGAGCUCACAGUCAUUCAACUAUUAGGGUCCCCUGGGUCAGGUAGACGGAGACGUUGUCAUCCUGGACCAUCAGAACAGGCAUGUACUGCUAUACGUUGGUAUUUAAUUACAGUGAAUUGUAUUUUUAAAGAGAAAUUACUUUUGGAUUUACUUAGAAUUAUUGAUUUAUUAUGUUAUGUUGAGACUCAUUUAACUUUAAAUACAUAGUGAUUUUAAUCCAGCUCUAAUGUAGCGUGUGAAAACACAAAAGUCAUGUUUCUUAUUUAAAAUGCAAGUUAAUAAAACCUUGAUUUUUCACUCAAAAAGAGCUAAGCUAUUAGAAGUGAACUGCUAAAUUGAAAUGGCUAAAUAGUGGCCUAACUAAAUGAUGAUAAUAAACUAAUGGUACGGCUAGAGGCUGGUUUCAGACAGUGAUUUUGCCAUGAAUUUUUUAUGUUACCAAUAAUAAAAAUAUUUAUUGCUUAAUUCAAU